AGACAGGGAACUUCACCAGCCUGUUUUUAAGGAGACGAAUGCUGUGAAAACAACAUACAGUAUUUACCUUGUGUGCAGAGAAAGGUCUCUGCGCCAGCAGAGAGCAUGAAAGUCCUCAUCCUGCUUGUUUGCUUAUCAGUGGGCAUCCUAGCUACAAAACCAAAAAAAUGCAGAUCCCCACCACUGCUGAGUGGACAGCUUUCUGUGUCCACCGCAAGUGAGAAGCUGACGGCCUUUGCCAAGUACAGCUAUGAUGCAUGUGGAAAGCGCAUCCGCCUCAGAGAGGUUGGAUCUUACAGCAAUAAGACCUUCCACAUUGAUCUACUUCUACUCUACAAAGAGGGUGUUAUGUAUGUCAUUAACGACAGGAACCGCACAUGCCACAAGAAGCCACUGAAUGACAGCUUCCACCCAAUGGAGGUCCCCCAGAAUGCCUCCCUGCUGGGACAGGUUGUGUUGGGCAGCAAAUCUGGCCCACGAGAGGGACUCCUGGUCAACACCUGGGUGGGAGAGCUGCAGGUGAAAAACGGAACAGCAAAAUACAUGACCACUGUCACUGAGUUUGGGUGUAUCCCCAUCAGCACAUAUUUUCACACCGACAAAACUGGAUGGAUUGUGACCAGCUUUUUCAACAACAUCAAGGGACGUGUGCACCAUGAUGAGUUCAAACCUCCACCUUUCUGCACGGAUGCACAGCUGGAGGACUGGGAUGAAGAGAAUCCAGUAACCUUCUUUAGCCUGUUUUAAAGACAUAAUAGCCAUUUCCAGAACUGUAGAGCACUGUGAUGAUGAUUACUACUAUACGACUCCUUGCACUCUAUUAUUACUUUCUAGUAGUGGACCUUGCUGAAAUGGCAUUUAUGUAGCUGUGUAUGUAAAAUCAUUUCUUGUAGGUAUACUGAUUUCUGAGUGCAUGAGAGUUCAGUUCAUUGCACUUGUGAUCUAAAAAUCUGAGGGUUGAUUUCAAAAUGUUCACAGUUUUGCCAAAUAUUAAAAUCUG